UCUAUAUAUAAGACAAUCCAUUAUUUCUUGACACGACCUCAUAUCCAAUCGAGCCUUUGGCAGGAAAACACUUUCCCCACUUUCCCCAGAGCCGUGUUGCUGUUACCUUAACUUAAUUCCACUUAGUUGCAACUUGCAAGCGUAAUGAAGAGGAUCAGUGUCUUCGGAAAGGUUCUCAUCUUGCUCAAUUUAUGCACCUACAUUUCGGCUAUCCCUGUUGAGGUCAACCACAGCGAGUGCCCAGUGUGGUAUGAGGAUUACUUUAAUUCGUUGUCCUUCCAACAAGUGCGAUUGGUCUGCCAUUUCUUAUCCCGAAUCAAAGUUCAUAACGACCAACAAGUCAUGGAACCCAACCACUCGCUCACCACUCCCACUGCCGAGGAUGUCAAGGAAUUUUUCCACGUGGACAACAACUGGGACAUGGAGCAACGACGCCAAGAACUGCUUCAAGUUGAGCGUCAAGAGGAGCUCCUGCGAAUCCGCGAUCUGAAAAAUGCCGCCAUCCUCAAGAUCCUCGAAGCAGUGAGCCCGAAGAAGCAAUUGAUCGCCCUACCACUCACGGACCAAACCAGGUCCCGGCCUCGAUCCCAAGACGCUUAUGCUGGCCCUCGAGACAUUGUUCUUGAAUAUAAGUUUUGAUCCAGCUAUUCCGAGAUCGAACUUGGUCUUCUUGCCUUUGAAAUCCUUUGAGCCCCUACAUUCCUAGCCAAAUCUGCGAAUUGGUCCACCGUCACCCUUGAGAAGCUUUGCUAGCGAGUCAUCCCAACCUCAUCCGUUUCCCAUUCCUUCUUUAUAUUUGUCUUAAGAAGCGGCCAAGUUGGCUCAACGUCAUGUCAAAAAAACUUAAUAAAUCUCAUGAACACAA